AUGUUCAGGUCCAAACGGGCAGGGCUUGUGCGGCGACUUUGGAGAAGCCGGGAGCGGGGCGUGGACGGCGCCUCCUGCAGCGAAGGGCGCUCCAGGCUGGCGCUGCUGGAGCAGGAGCUGAAGGCCGUCGCCUACGCGCUCUUGAAGCGCCUCAAGGAGCGCUCCCUGGACAGCCUACUGGAGGCCGUAGAGUCCCGCGGAGGGAUGCCCAGCGGCUGCGUCCUGGUCCCCCGGGCCGAGAUGGAGGUGCGGCUCGCCGGUCAGGCGGCCCCGCCGCAGCUGCUCCUGGGCAAACUCUUCCGCUGGCCGGACCUCCAGUGCCCCGCCGAGCUGAAGCCGCUGUGCGAGUGCCGGAGCUUCGGCCUCCCCGACGGGCCCACCGUCUGCUGCAACCCCUACCACUUCAGCCGGCUGUGCGGGCCAGAAUCACCACCCCCUCCUUAUUCCCGGCUGUCUCCAAAGGACGAGCAAAAGCCAUUGAACCUUUCAAAUUCCACAUUGUCCUACACUGAGACGGAGGCUACAAAUUCGCCUAAUGUCAUCACCAGAGACUUUUCUGAGGCCAGCAUGUCGCCUGAUGCUGUGAAGCACAGUCACUGGUGCAGCGUCGCCUACUGGGAGCAUCGGACACGCGUGGGCCGCCUCUACACAGUGUACGAACAGUCUGUCAGUAUCUUUUAUGACCUACCUCAAGGAAACGGCUUCUGCCUCGGACAGCUCAGCCUGCAGAACAGAAAUGAAACAGUCCAGAGGACUCGGAACAAAAUCGGAUAUGGGAUUUUGCUCAGCAAAGAAGCAGAUGGCGUGUGGGCUUACAACCGAAGUGAACACCCAAUCUUUGUCAAUUCCCCAACCCUAGACAUCCCCAACUGUCGAACCUUAAUCGUGCACAAAGUGAUGCCUGGAUAUUCGAUCAAGGCCUUUGACUACGAGAAGUCCUGUCUCUUGAAGCAUGUCACUGACUUAGAGUAUCCAGAUGGGCCCUAUGACCCGAAUAGUGUCCGGAUCAGCUUUGCAAAAGGCUGGGGGCCCUGCUACUCCAGGCAGUUUAUCACCUCCUGUCCCUGCUGGCUAGAAAUUUUGCUCAACACAAACAACAGAUAG